AUGCCAUCAGACUCAGACGUCUUUGUUCUUCCUGAGAACUAUACUUUUACCCUGGAUGGGGUGGUAAUUCAUAAAGAUGCAUUCGCACGUCUGGUCAAGUUGCUGGAGAAGGCCAAAGAUCGGGAUCCAGGCAUGCACGACAUGUAUGUCUACGAAGACUUCUUCGGUUAUGGUGUCCUAGAACUUAUUGAUGAAACACUGUACACUAUUCACGAAUAUGUGUCCAAGAAAAAAUGGCUUGUUGCUUGGCAUGCUUUGGAUGCGCUCGCGAAAUUCAAGGAGAUGCUCACCGGAUGGCUUUGCAUUGAUGACGGCGAACAUGUCAGGGCUACGGAACAGGCAUUCGGCGCAUUCCUUAUAGCUACUCUUCGGGAACUCGAGGCCGCGGGACAACUUAGUGAGGAAACCAUACCAGGACUCGAGGAUUCUCUGAAGGAGAUGACAGAGUUUGCCGAGGCUUGGUGGGAAACCCUCGAUACUUGCUAUCACAAGGUUUUAAAGGGAUAUGGCAAGAAAUUGUUUGGAGAACGCACUCAGGCGGAACGAGAGCACAUUUAUGACGCACAUAGAAAAGCGUACAUAGAAUUCGUAAAGGGGCUCAGUGAGGCGGAAAGAAGGAAGAGAGACGAUGACAUAGAUGAGAAGAAGUGUGAAGAAGACGAAGAUGAAGAUGAAGAUGAUGAUGAAGAUGAUGAAGAAGAGGGUGAGGAUCGCAGUGUCGAAGGCGGGCAAACAGUUUGGUAUGGCAAUGCCGAUGCUCAGGAUGCCAAUUUCCAAGAUCCAACGUUUCGCUUGAAACCGGCUAUGAAGGGGCUGUUGACGUAUAAACCAAAAGCCUCAUCAGGUCCAUCGUACUACGACCUUACAAAGUGGACCGAGGAGGAGAAAAUGCAAUAUGUAUAUUGA